AUGAUCACCACCGCCAACUUGGCGGAGCAUAAUCUCCUGACCAAUGCUCUCCAUGACGUUCAAGGCAUAGGCUCCAAGGAAACCGCAAGCGUGGAUGCAGCCGCUCAAAGCAACCACAUCGACGACAUCGACAUCGACAUCGUCAACAAUGGGAAAGAAGAAUUGAAAGGGCCCUUGCCCAUGGAGAGGUUCCUAACAGAGAAAGAGCAUAACAUUAUCGCGAAGCUGAUGAUGGAGUUUCCAGACCUCAAGCGCAUACGCCAGAAUGUGGACAUAUAUUCGAAGAAUUGCGUUGACCGAAACUAUGGAGGCCAUGCCGACUUCCCUGCUGAGAUAGCAAGACUUGGGAAAGAGUCGCAGCUCGUCGCGGCGGAUAUUGCAGAACUGUCGAAGAAGAUCAAAGAGCUCGAGAGAGAAAUAGCCACAGCAAACGCCUCCCAGAAGAGCCCCACUUCAUCAAGUCAACGGAGCGCGAUAGCUAUAGAAGAAGCUGCUACACUGCGUGAUGCGCUGGGGGAACUCGAAAGUCGGAAGGCGUCAUACGAUGCUACCGCUCACGAAUUAGCUCUGGCUCUACCUAACCUCACAAACUCCGAGACACCCUUGAAGGGCGGCCCACAACUCAUCUCAUACAUCGGCCAUGAACCCGGUCAGGUCGCGCCAUCCAAAAGCCACACGUCUCACGUAGAUAUCGGGACCUCGCUUUCAAUACUUGACUUCAAUUCUGCUACUCUCAGUACAGGCUGGGGUUUCUACUUUCUGAUCAAUGAGGGCGCACUUCUCGAACAAGCGCUUGUACAGUACGCAUUGUCUAUGGUGCUCCGUCAGGGGUGGACUGCAGUGGCCCCGCCCUCUGUUGUAUAUUCUUACAUUGCAGAUGCUUGUGGCUUUCAGCCACGAGACCAAAACGACGAGCAGCAGAUAUGGCAGAUCCAGCAGGCUGAAAAGGAUGCUCUGAAACCAAAGAGAAGUUUAGCAGCCACUGCGGAGAUUCCACUUGCCGCCAUGUACGCUGGCAAGGACAUACCUGAAGACCGGUUACCACUCAAGCUGGUUGGUUCGAGUCGGUGUUACCGAGCUGAAGCAGGUGCGAGAGGCGUCGAUACGAAAGGAUUGUAUCGAGUACACGAAUUCACAAAAGUGGAAAUGUUUGCAUGGACGAACAGUAUGGACGAUUCCCAAGACACUGAACGCUCCAUGCCAGUAUUUAAUGAAAUGCUUCGGAUUCAGCGGGAGAUACUCUCUUCUCUCGGUCUGCCAUGUCGCAUUUUGGAAAUGCCUUCAUCUGAGCUCGGUGCAAGUGCUGUUCGAAAGGUAGACAUCGAAGUCUUGUUUCCCUCGCGGAUGUCGAGAGAUGAGGGGUGGGGAGAGGUGACAUCCUUGUCGAUAUGCACAGACUAUCAGAGCCGCAGGCUUGGGACUCGGAUUCUCCAGAAGAGUGGGAAAAGGGCGAAGUUUCCGCACACCGUGAAUGGGACGGCAAUGGCAGUACCAAGAGUAUUGGCUGCGAUCUUGGAACAUGGAUGGAGAGAAGAGGAGCAAUGUGUCAUCAUACCAGAGGUUCUUAGGCCUUACAUGGGCGGACAGGACAAGAUUCAGCGAGCGCGAAGAGAUAAACAAUUUUACAGCUAA